AUGGCCGACGUCGCUCCCGACCCUCAGGCGGAGGACAGCGAACACGAGGUGACUGACGUGGUCGAGCCUGCCCCUUUCGAACCCGAGCCUGCACCCACCGUCGAGAAUGAACACGAGCACCCGGCCGAGAAUGGCGUGGCAGAAGAGAAGCAGAACGGCGAUGUAGCGGAGCCUCAGCCUGACGGCCCACCCACCACCCCUCCCCCCACGGCCGAUGACGCGCCACAAGCCGACUCUUCAAAGGAGCCCACACCGACCACGAGCCCGGAGAACUCGCCAGCGAAGAAGAUCUCCGUCAAAUCGUCUAUCUCCGUCAAGCCUGCCGCCGGCAAGGCGGGCCCUCCCACUCCGCUCGUGAAGAAGAAAGCGACCAGCGCGGGGACCGUCGCGCCCGCCUCGAAACCCGCCGCCACGAAGCCCGCCGCCUCGUCCACCAAGAGCAUGCCGCCCCCCACCACCGUCCCGGCCCGCCGUCAGUCGGUCGCCCCCGCUGCAAAGCCUGCCGCUCCCAUGCGGUCGGCGACGCUGAAGGCCGCCCCCGCCCCCGCCCCCGCCACCAAGACGGCCACGUCUGCGACGGCGAAACCAGCCCCGUCGGCUGCGAAGCCCGCCCCCCGCGCGUCUGUCGCAUCGCCCGAGGCGGGUGCCGCGGCGCUCCGGUCGUCGACGUCUGCGAAGCCCAGGGCGUCCGUGACCGAGGGGGUGAGGCGCACCGUCUCAGCCAUGAAGGCCACGGCGAUCGCGGCCACGGUGACGAGGCCAUCGAGCACCGCGUCCGUCAGGCGCACUCCGGGCUCGCAGUCGAUUGCGUCUAUCAAGGAGGUUCGGGACGACAGCAAGGCGUUGGCGGAGCUGCAGGGCAAGCUCGACGAUGCCACCAGUGCACUCGGCUCGAAGUCUGAGGCGUUCUCGGAUCUUGAGACUGAAGUGGAGGAGUUGAAGGGCAAGCUGGACUCUGCUCAGGCUGAGGUGGACGCGAAGGCAUCUGCAGUUGCCGAGCUCGAGGCGGCGAAGACACAGGCUAAGGAAGAGCUCGCCGCGGCGCGCGAAUCGCUCGAGAAGCUUCAGUCAGGUCAGUCGGACGGCUCAUCGCAGCUCGACAUCCUGCGGAAAGAGCUCGAGGAGACGAAGGCCGCCAAUGUCGCGUUGACUGAGCGUGUGGCCGAGCUCAGCUCCCAGAUCGAGUCUAUGCAGGAGCAGGUUCUCCGCGCCACUUCUGAAGCCGCUUCGUCCUCUGCGUCUGCGUCUGCCACCGCUGAGCACGAGGCGCUCCUCAAAGCCCAGGCCGACUUUGAAGCGAUCAAGACCGAAACCGAAGCACUGAAGACCGAGCAGACCGCCGCCAUUGCUGCUGCUGAAGCUAAGAUCGCAGAGCUACGGGAGAAAGCCGCCGCCAUUGAGCAGCUCAAGGCUGAGAACGACGAGAAGGCGAACAAGGUCUCUGAGCUCGAAGUCGAGAUCCUCGAACUCCGCGAGGAGCAGGAAACCUCGGGCGACGCACAUUCCAAGUCCGUCACGCGCCUCAAGGAGCUCGAAGGGGAGCUCGCAGCGUCCGUCGCCGCCGUGCAGAAGGCCGCCGAAGACGCGCAGGCGAAGGAGGCUGAGUUCGCAAGCACGAGCGCAGCAGUCGAUGCAGCACAUAAGACGGAGUCGGAGUCGGCGGCGGCGGCAUACGCGGAGCUUCAGGCUAAGCUCGCCGCGUUGCAGGAAGAGCUCGCGCAGGCGAUCCAGGCUGUGGAACAGGCCAAGGCAGACGCACAAUCGGCUGCUGUCGAGCAUGCGAGCAGGCUUGAGGCGGCGGACAAAGCUCGCACAGAAGUCGAGGCGGCGCUCAACGCGGACAUCGCCCGGAUCACUGCUGACCUCGAGAGUCAAGAGUCAAAGUACAACGCCAAGGUCGAUGCAGUCAAGGUCGAGCACGAACAGCUCCUCCAGCAAGCGUUCGAGAAGGCCAAGAACGAGGCCGGCGACGCGCACAGCGUAGACCUGCAGAAGCUUCGCGCCGAAUCUCAGGCGGCCAUCGAGCAGCUCCGCGGCUCACACCAGACUACGAUCGACGAGCUCAAGUCGGAGCACGAGGCCGCGCUGGAGCGGGAGGUGAAGGCCAAGGAGAAGCAGCUUGCGAACCAGGCUCUCGAGCUCAAGGCUACCCAGGAGGACCUCAACAAGGCUAAGGCAAACGCUGCCUCUCUCGCUCAGGAGCUUGAGAACGUCAAGGCCCAGCUCGAGGAGUCGAAAACUCUGAUUGCCUCGCUGGACAAGUCGGACAAGGACGAGAUUAUUACCGGCCUCAGCCGGGACCUCCACAACCUCCGCGAUGACCACAGCGCGCUCAACGAAUUGUUCCAGGCGACCAAGAGUUCCAUCGGAGAAAUGGCCGACAGCCACGCGAAAGAGCUGGAGCAAGCUGCCAUUGGCCGUGCCGAGGAAGUCACCAAGCUCCGCAACGCCCAUCAGGAGGAGCUCACCCAGCUUGUGCAGCAGAAGUCCGAGCUCGUGACGCGCCUCUCUGACCUUGAGGGCGAUCUCACCAUGGCCAAGACGACGGUGGCGGCCGAACCUGCGACUCCCCAGAAGACGAACGGGAGCGUGGGCCACCAGCGCAAUACCAGCAUCUCGCGCGACGAGUUGCAGCGGCUGCACGAGGCGCACAACUCGAAGAUGCACGACGCGCAGGCGGAACACGAGCGCGCUAUGCGUGUGCUCCAGGAGGAGCUCGAGCUCGCCCGCACGAAGGCCGACGAGCUGCAGCAAGACCUCGCCCGCAAGGCGAUGGAGAUCCAGUACCUCGAGCAGGAUCAAGACGAAAGCCAGGACACAAUCACACGGUACGUCAAGGUUUUCGGCAUGAAGGGCUUCUUUUGUGCUAUGUUUGCGCUGGCCGUACUGCACGGGAUCUUUUGA